AUGCCUGCAGCAGCCGACGCCGGAGCAAAUACUGCCGGCCUGGAGGCGCUCGGCCGGUUGAAAUCCACGGAGUCACCGGUCUACCUUGCGCCCUCACUGGAGCUCUCAAAGGCAGCUCGAUCAGCCUCAGAAUAUUUGUUUUCCUCUCUCAGUCCGUACGCUCCUAAGUCUCCUUUUACUCGCCUCUUGACUGAAGGGUUUGAUGCCGAGCAGAUAUGGCAGCAAAUCGAUCUUCAGGCGCAGCCGUUGCUCACCUCCCUCCACCGUCAUGUUAGAAAUUUCGAGAAAAAUCCUGCAGAAAUAGAGAAGCAGUUUAAUUUGGGUAAAGCUGGAAAAGUUGAGAAGGUGGCUGCGGAUGGAGAUAAUAAAGGAAAAGGAAGACGGGUCGUAGAGAGUGAAAGUGAGGAUUUGGAUGAUAAUGAUGAUGACGAGGAAGAAGAAGAAGAAGAAGAAGGUGAAGAUGAAGAUGAAGUUGAAGAAGAAGAAGAAGAAGAAGAAGAAGAAGAAGAAGAUGGGGAAGAUGAUGAGGGAGAGGGAGAAAGAAAGAAUGUAGUUGAAGAUCAGUUUUUCAAAAUUAAGGAAUUGGAGAAACUUAUUGCGGAGGCUGAAGAACAAGAGUAUGGAAUUAAGGAAGAGAAGAAUAAGAGGAAGAGAGAUAUUAGAACUGCAGACGAGGAGGAAGAGAGUGAAGAUGAAGAGGAAAGUGGAGACGAGGAACAUGAAGAUGAUGAAGAGGAGGAUGACGAGCUUGGACUCAUGGGACUUGAAGAUGCUGAUGAUGAAAAAUGGGAAAAUGCUAGAUAUGAAGACUUUUUUGUACGUAAAAAAACUGACCAAAAGAGAAAACCUAAACAUUUUCCUGGAUCAGAUGACAUGGAUAUGGAUGAACCUGAGGACAAUGAUGAUGAUAGUAAGAACAAGGAAAGUCUUUCUGCAAAUGAGAAAGAGCUGGCAAAACUUCGUUCUCAGGUGGACGAAAUGGAGAAAGCAAACUUGGGACUAAAUAUGCAGGGCGAGAGUCUUUCAACACAUGAAAAAGAGUUAGCAAGACUUCGUACUCAGAUAGAGGAAAUGGAAAGAGCAAACUUGGAACCAAAGACAUGGACAAUGCAGGGCGAGGUAACAGCUGCUAAACGACCCAAAAACAGUGCUUUGGAAGUUGAUCUAGAUUUUGAGCAUAAUGUGAGACCUGCUCCUGUAAUUACGGAAGAGGUUACUGCAUCGCUUGAGGAAUUAAUUCAGAAACGUAUCUUAGAGGGCCGAUUUGAUGAUGUUCAGAAGCCACCUGCAUUAAUGGCAAAGGCACCAAGAGAGAAAAUAGAGUUGGAUGAGAAUAAGAGCAAGAAGGGCCUUGCUGAACUUUAUGAGGAUGAAUAUGCUCAAAAGACUGGUCUCGUAUCAGCUGCAUUAUCUUUCUCUGAUGAGCAAAAGAAAGAAGCAAGUGUGCUAUUUAAGAAAUUAUGCCUAAAGUUCAAUGCACUUUCCCAUUUCCACUUCACUCCAAAACCGGUAAUCGAGGAUAUGUCCAUACAAGCGAAUGUUCCUGCUCUAGCCAUGGAAGAGAUUGCGCCUCUAGCAGUGUCUGAUGCAGCUAUGCUUGCCCCUGAAGAAGUGUUUUCUGGUAAAGGAGACAUUAAAGAAGAAACAGAGCUAACAAAAGAAGAGAGGAAGAGGAGAAGGGCUAACAAGAAACGGAAAUUUAAAGCCGAGUCCGCAAAGAAGAUGAGCGUAAAGGCACAGCCAACUGCAAUGGCAACCCACGAGGAUGGCAAUGAGGACUCGUGA